AGUACUUCCUGCAAACAUGUCUUGGGAAGUGCUGCCAGUGGAGGUACCAGGAGCAGACACUGAAAACGUGUCUCUAGAGCUGCUCCCCACAGAGGUGCCAGCAGUAAAUCCUGAAAAUAUGUCUCUAGAACCGCUGCCCACGGAGGUGCCAAGAGUAGAGCCUGAAAAUAUGUCUCUCGAAUUGCUGCCCGUGGAGGUGCCAGGAGUGGAUCAUGAAAACACGUCUAAAGGAUUCCUGCCCAUGGAAGUGGCAGGAGUAGAUCCAGAAAACAUGUCUAAAGGAUUCCUACCCAUGGAGGAGCCAGGACUAUAUCCUGAAAGCAUGUCUAAAGGAUUCCUGCCCGUGGAAGAGCCAGGACUAUAUCCUGAAAGCAUGUCUAAAGGAUUCCUGCCCAUGGAGAAGCCAGGACUGUAUCCUGAAAGCAUGUCUAAAGGAUUCUUGCCCAUGGAGGAGCCAGGACUGUAUCCUGAAAGCAUGUCUAAAGGAUUCUUGCCCAUGGAGGAGCCAGGAGUAUAUCCUGAAAACAUGUCUCAAGAAUUGCUGCCCAUGGAGGUGCCAGAAGCACUCUAUUACAUGAAUAAAGGGAAGACCAUGAUACCAUCAAAUGCACUAGAGGAUGGAAACUCAGGGCUUGGUUCCUUGGGAGAUGGUGAAUGGCGAAGAAGGAAUGCCGACAGUACUGGGCCAGACCAAGGUGAUUUCAAGAUAGAAUCCUCUCCUUGCUACCUGUUGACCGUAAGGAUCAUCCGGAUGAGAAAUCUCCGGCGAGUGGAUGCCUUAAGCCAGGCUGAUUGCUAUGUGUCCCUGUGGCUGCCAACGGCGACGUGUGAAAGGUCACGCACUAAAACUGUGAGAAACUCCGACAAUCCAGUGUGGAACGAAACCUUCUACUUCAGAAUCCAAAGUCAGGUCAAGAACGUGCUGGAGCUCACAGUGUACGAUGAGGAUUUUGCUACUCCAGAUGACCAUCUACUCUGUGCACUCUUUGAUACUGCGAAACUUCCACUUGAAAGAACAGUGAUCCUGUACUUCAAGCCUAGCCCAGAUGCCAAGGAGGAACUAGAGGUUGAAUUCAAAUUGGAGGUUGCACCUGGUCCUCAUGAGAUGAUUGCUAGCAAUGGAGUGCUGGUGUGUCGUGAACUUUGCUGCUUGGAAGUUGAAGUGGCAGAGAAGACGAAGCAAAAAUCAAAGAAGGAGCUUUCCCUCACUGUGAAGGGCUCCUUCCAGGGGACUCAGGAUAUCAUGCUGGGCCCCAAUGGACUUGUCAGCCCGUCGUGUCCCAUCGAGUUCCACUACAUCAAGUACGCAGAGCCAACACUGGAUGUCAUGCUGCCAAAGAAGAGGCGCUACCACCCUUGGUCCUGCAGGUACAGCACAGAGACGGGCUCCCCAGUCGUGAUGCUGAACUCGCUGCCCAUGGGAAGGAAAACGACCAUUGCAGAGGAGAAAAGAUUUGACUUGAAUGUGACAGCAAAACCUUGUAAUUGCUCAUGCCACCAAGACCUGGACAUGCGCUUUGGGUUUAACUUAUGUUCUGAAGAGAUGGCUUUCCUGGGGAAAAGAAAGAGAUAUGUAGCAAGUGCUCUCAAAAAUGUUUUUCACCUACCACACGAUCUGCAGGAUCAAGAAGUCCCUGUUGUGGCUAUCAUCACGACAGGCGGAGGGCUGAAGUCAAUGACAGGACUGUAUGGCAGCCUCAUGGGACUCAAGAAGUUAAAUCUCCUGGACUGUGUGACAUACAUCAGCGGGCUGUCCGGCACCACAUGGACCAUGGCCAACUUAUACAGAGAUGCCUACUGGUCACAGAAGGACCUGGACUCACAUAUUGGUGAAGCCCAAAAACAGGCAACAAAAUGCAAGAUGGGCUGUUUCUCCAUGGAUCGCAUGAAGUACUACAACAAGCAGCUUUGCCAGAGGAAAGAAGAGGGAUACAGGACAUCAUUUAUAGAUCUUUGGGGUCUCAUGAUUGAGUACUUACUAAACGAUGGGAAAGACCCCCACAAGCUUUCAGAGCAACAAGAAGCACUGUGUGAUGGCCAGAACCCACUGCCCAUCUACGUGUCAGUCUGCGUCCGGGACAGUUACAGCACCAAUGAUUUCAAAGAGUGGGUGGAGUUCACUCCCUACGAGGUGGGACUGCUGAAGUACGGCGUGUUUGUCCGCACGGAGCAUUUCGGAAGCGAGUUCUUCAUGGGCCGCUUGUUAAAAAAGCUCCCUGAAUCCCGCAUCUGCUACCUUCAAGGUAUGUGGAGCAGUAUAUUUUCUGUGAACCUUUUACAAAUAUGGGGACUGUCCCAUAGUUCAGAGGACUUCUGGAAGAGAUGGACACAAGACAGAAUAGAUGAAGUUGAUGAAGACCCGGUGUUGCCCACAAGACCCCACGAGCUGAGGACUCGCGUGUACACCCCCCCUGGUGCCCUGUCCAGCGCCCUUCGGGGGGCACUGACCGACCGCUUCUCCGUUGCCCAGCACCACAAUUUCCUGAAGGGCUACCAGCUGCACAACAGCUACAUGGAGAACGAGCACUUCUGUCGGUGGAAAGACACUGUGUUAGACUCACGUCCCAACCAGCUGAUGCAAAAUCCCGAUCAGCUGGGCAUGAUAGAUGCUGGAUUUUUCAUCAAUACCAGCAGUGCACCACUUUUAAGGCCACAGAGGGAAGUGGAUGUCAUCAUCUAUCUAAGUUAUACUACUGGAUCACAUACAUCGUCUCUAGAUAAGGCGUGUAAAUACUACUCAGAGCAGAAAAUCCCAUUCCCAACAAUUUCUUUGACUGACGAAGAUAAGAAAAAUCUGAAGGAGUGCUACAUCUUCCAAGAUUCAGAUUUGCCAGGAUGUCCAAUUGUGAUUUUUCUUCCCCUUGUGAAUGAUACCUUCCAAGAGUACAAAGCACCUGGUGUCAAGCGCUGUUGCUCAGAGAUGGAUGAAGGCCAGCUUGAUUUGACCAGCUGCUGUUCCCCCUACUGCAUGUUCUCUGUCCGAUACACCGAUGAGAACUACCGCAAGCUGCUGAAUCUCAGCGAGUACAACAUCCUCAACAACUCUCAGACGAUUAUGCAGGCCUUGCAGACAGCGAUGCAAAGGAGAAGGCAGAAAAUGUGCUGAUUGCUCUUAUCUUCUCUGAGGAGUUUUUCAUGCUCUAGGACCCAGAAGGGACAUACCUUUUUCAAACACUGGUCAUUCUGCACUACAGAAACUAUCCCAGCUGGUGCAGUGUUUGCUGGGGUUUUUCUAUCCCCAAGAAGUGGUCUCUAUAAGCAAAGACAUUGUGUGGGAAAUUUUUACUUAUGUUUUGUUCCAUCAAUUAAGGUUGUCUGUAGAGCACUCUUUGCCUAAAAUACAUGUUAGAUUUUUAAAUAGCGUGAUUUUAAGCAUAACUUAUUAUAAUAUAUAGGAAAAUGAUUUAAUAACUAUAAAGGAAAAUAAUUUUUUACCGCCACAGCGCUACAGUUAUACAACACAGCCAACACACCUACAGGCCAUAAGAAGGGAGUAUAAACUUCUGCUCCCACAAUUCUGCUUUGUGGAACACGAGAUAUGACCUGUCCUGGAAAACAAAGAGAACUGGAAGCUGGUAAUGGAUCCCUUGGUCAACUCUGUUUUGCAAGUGUCCCAAAGAGCAGCCACGGAGGCUGGAAAAGUGAAGAGGGACAAGUGUGUGCACACAACCAGCCCCAUGAUCUCAUCCACAUCCUGGGAUCUCUUGGGCUGUGAAUGAAUCAUAUGUGAUAGGAAGGAGCAACUUAGGAGGAAGUGGCAUAAGACUUUUCACAUAAAAUGUUUUUUUUAAAGCAAAGGGUGUAAUUUGGGCACAUCAAAAUUCCCUGUUAAUUUAUGUCAGUUUUAAUUGGUUUGUACUGAGACAGUAUAUAAAACCUCAACACUUUAAUUGGAAGCUUUCAAAAUAAAACACCCGGGAUCUUGUUUUCCCUGUUGGGUUACUUCUCAUAAUAAAAUACCAUUCUUAAAUUUAAAAAAAAAAAAAAAUGUAUUUGAAAGUAUUUUACUUUCAGUAGACAAUGAAAACUUUGCUGUGUUGCUUGGUACAACAGUUUAGGUCAUAUGCCUAUCAAAAAAAUUUAUUAUUUGUUUACUUCUGCCUGUACAAACUGAGUAGAAGUAAGUCAAUAGCCUAAACAUCUUAAAACAAUCUGAAGACCACAUGUGGGAUCUAGCACAAAAACACCAAUUAAAUUUGUUGUGGUAUGCAAAAUACAUUUGCUUUUUUAAACUUACUUCCUUUCCCUCUUCAUUGAAAGUGCCCUUUUUUUAAACUGCUCUGAACUGUGCUGAGGGUGAGCUGUAAAAAUUAUAAAUCCAUAACAACUUUUGCAUUCCAGGAGCAAGUCAAAUUGAAAACACACUAUUUAUAAGUUUUGUGUCCUAAAGACAGCUGGGAAUAUUUUAAACAAAGAAUCUAUUCAGGCAGAAAAGAAUCUAUCAGCUACAUAUUAUAAUAUGUGACUAAAAUAAACCAGGGAAAAUACUUGGGUAAGUUGAAACAUUUCAUGUUAAUAUUUUACAAAUUUGUUUGAAACAUAACUUCUUUUUAAUAGACUGCCUACCUCGUCAGCCCAGGGAACCCAACAUGAAAAUAACAGGGUUCAUUCACAGCCAAAUAAUGUUUGGCUUGUUACAAAAUGACACUUCGAGGAUUUCAUUUUAGCAAGGAGUGCUGACAAAUCAUCUUUACAAAUUGGUUCAGGAUAACUUUUCCAACACAUUGGUCAUUUAUUACAUCAAAACAAAACUUACAUUUUUGUGCAACUGUAGCCUAAUGUUGCCAGCCUAAAGAUCACAGCAUAAAUACUAAUGUUUGAAACAUACAGUUUUGAACAACUAUGCACUUCUGAUUUUUUUUUUUCUCCUGUGGUAGUUUCACUAGUCAUAGUCAGAAUUAUGAUGCUAUGUGCUCUGCAUAUAAUCCUGGGAAUUACCUCCAUUUUUACCUGAAAACCCUGUUGUGAAAAAGUAAACACAGGUUUUAGCCAUAAACUCUUGCCGCCUCCAGUUCUGAAGAAAUGUUAUUUACAUGCAAAAAUUUUGUGUGUACAGUACAAGACAAUAAAGGCUUGUUUGCAAAAUGA